AUCUUUAAGACUCUCAACUUGGGAAGAAACCACAUGAGGAAAACAAAUCUUUGGACAGUCCAAGAAGGAGCGGGCCUCAGAAGGAAAGCGUUGGGUCUGCACCCUCCUCCGUGGGAACUGGCGGGACAUGCAUGCAAUGGCUUCUUGACCUGGCAGCCAAGACUGCCCCAGACCACCUGUCAUGUACCCCAACCCUCUCAUCUACUGCUCCUGCUGGGACCCCUGGAACUUGGUUCCACGGAAGCCAAUCAAGACCCCUCAGCCACCAAGAAAGACCUCCACAGAGAAACCCAAGCUAAGUCUUCUUCCUCUAGCUUCAAAAAAACAAAAUGAUGUCCAACCACCAACAAAAUCUGUUGUCUCCCCAAAAGUGAAAAUCCAUUUAGGAAAACAAGAGGAGAGCCACACUUUACCUUAUGAAAUGAUCAGCAUGUCACCUGGGUAUCGCCUCUUUCGGAAUAGGAAGCAGAUUUCUGUCACCCUGGGAGAUGAGAUGUUUGAUAGGAAAAAGCAUUUGAAAUCAGAGAUCACGGACAAAAUAAACAUUUCCAGGACUGAUAUCAUUUCUGGCCUAGAAGAGCAGAUCUCAGAGCUGAUGGUGAUAAUAGAGCAAAUGAACAGAGACCACCAGUCUGCCGAAAAAGUGCUCUCCAGUGAAAUGGAUCUCCGCUGUGCUGAGAUGAAGCAGAACUUUGAAAACAAGAACAGGGAGCUCAAAGAGGCUCAUGCAGCAGAGCUCAGGGAGUUGGAGAACAACUACAAAGCAGCCUUAAAGGCAGAGAAGUUGGCUGCCCAGGAAAAACUAGAGGAGAUGGGAAAGGAGUACAAGUAUUUGAAGAAUAUGUUUCACAUGUAUCAGGACAGCAUUUGUGAUGAAGUGGAAGAUAAGUGGUCAAAAAAGAAGGAAGAAUGGGAGAAGGAUGAGAAGAUGGAGCGGGAAAAGAUCCUGCUACAGCAAAAAAAUAUGAUGACAAAAAAGUUUGAGUUAGAGUCAGAAGAAGAAAAGAAGAAAAUAAAGGACUCUUACAGUACAGUCUUUGAGAACUUCAAUCGAGAGAAGGAGGAACUGUUGAAACAACAUGAAAAGGACACCUUGCAAUUAGAGGAGCUAAAAAAGACCAAAGAGAUCAUGGAGGAAGAGUUGUAUGCACAAGCUACUAUACUAGAAUCACUCAACACAACCCUCUACCAAACCCAGAUGGAACUCCAGAGAGAGAAAGCAGUGGUGGGAAAUCUGGAGAAAACACUCCACACCAAACUUGCCGAAUGUGAAGAGAAGUUUAAAUACACCAUACUGCUCCUGACAGAAGAAAACAUUCAUCUGAGACAAAAAAUAAAUGCCAAGAAUGAAGGAAUUUAUGAAGAACAAUCUGGAAGAUCAACCUGUGUUACUAUUUAUGAGGACGAUUCUGAGACUUUAGAAGACGGUAACAACAAAAAACAAGAAUUAUGAGCAGAAAAGUUGUUCUCCAUAAUUGGAGAUGUGGCUGCACCAGUCUGCAUUCCCACC